AUGGUGUCCGCAUCCAAAGCCGCCCGCAUGGCGAAGCGUGGCGAUGCCAAAGCCAAAAAGGCCGGCAAGUCAAAGGACGACACCCCCGUCGAGUCCGGUGCUGAGGACCAGCCUGCCACCACCGACGAGAAGAUGAAGGAGGUCGAGAAGCUCACAGCACAGAUGGACAAGCACGGUCUGUCCGAUCGUGUCACCACCGGUGUGCUUUCCUCCAUGCCGUCGUCUCGCGAUGCCAAGGUCACCUCCGCCUCGCUCGUGUUCCACGGAAAGGUCCUUAUCACCGACUCGACCCUCGAACUCAACUUCGGUCGUCGCUACGGUCUGCUCGGUGAGAACGGUUGCGGAAAGUCCACUCUCCUCAAGGCCAUCGAUGCCCGUGAAUACCCGAUCCCCGAGCACAUUGAUAUCUACCUUCUGAACGAGGGUGCCCCUCCUAGCGACCUCGGUGCGCUCGAGUGGGUUGUCACUGAGGCUCAGAACCAGCUCGACCGUAUGGAGAAGCAGGCGGAGGAGAUUCUUGAGAAGGAAGGCCCUGACAGCCCUAUCCUUGAGGAUCUGUACGACCGCAUGGACAAAAUGGACCCCUCCACAUUCCACACCCGUGCUUCUCUUAUCUUGACUGGUCUUGGUUUCAACAAGACGACAAUCCACAAGAAGACCAAGGACAUGUCUGGUGGUUGGCGUAUGCGUGUCGCCCUCGCCAAGGCCCUUUUCGUCAAGCCCUCUCUGCUCCUUCUCGACGACCCUACUGCUCACUUGGAUCUCGAAGCCUGUGUGUGGUUGGAAGAAUACCUGAAGAAGUGGGAGCGUACUCUCGUCCUCGUUUCUCACUCUAUGGACUUCCUCAACGGUGUCUGCACGAACAUGAUCGACAUGCGCAUGAAGCAGCUCCUCUACUACGGUGGUAACUACGACUCUUACCACAAGACCCGUUCCGAGCAGGAAGUCAACCAAAUGAAGGCGUACAAUAAGCAGCAGGAAGAAAUCGCUCACAUCAAGAAGUUCAUCGCUUCCGCUGGUACCUACGCCAACUUGGUGCGUCAGGCCAAGUCUCGCCAGAAGAUUCUCGACAAGAUGGAGGCCGAUGGUUUCAUUCAGCCCGUCAUCCCCGACCGUGUCUUCAGCUUCCGCUUUGCCGAUGUUGACAAGCUCCCUCCUCCUGUUCUGUCUUUCGAUGACGUCUCCUUCUCCUACUCCGGCAACUGGGAAGACACCCUCUACGAGCACCUCGACUUCGGUGUCGACAUGGACUCCCGAACUGCCCUUGUCGGUCCCAACGGUGUUGGUAAAUCAACCCUGCUGCGUCUCAUGACCGGCAAGCUCUCUCCCAUUGGUGGUCGUGUCAGCCGUCACACUCACUUGAAGCUCGGCAUGUACAGCCAGCACUCCGCUGAGCAGCUCGACCUGACCAAGUCCUCUCUCGAGUUCGUCCGCGACAAGUUCCCCGAGAAGUCCCAGGACUUCCAGUACUGGCGUCAGCAGCUCGGUCGCUACGGUCUCUCGGGUGAGUCCCAAACUGCUCUGAUGGGUACCCUGUCCGAGGGUCAGAAGUCCCGUAUUGUCUUCGCCCUCCUCGCCAUCGAGUCCCCCAACAUGCUCCUCCUUGACGAGCCCACCAACGGUCUGGAUAUCCCCACCAUCGACAGUUUGGCCGAUGCCAUCAACGCCUACAGCGGUGGUGUCGUCGUCGUUUCUCACGAUUUCCGACUCCUCGACAAGAUCGCCAAGGACAUCAUGGUAUGCGAGCACAAGACCGUCCGCCGCUGGGACGGCACCAUCGGUGAAUACAAGAACCACCUCCGCAAGAAGAUGAUCUCCGAGGGUACCGUUUAA